UCAGCCAUGUUAGCGUCACUCGUGCCAGUGGCAGCUGUGUGCCGGGCGCUGCGAGUUAAAAUUGUGCAUCGCUCUUCGAUUAGAGCCAUGAGUUCCGCGGAUUAUCUAAUAAAUGACCCUAAAUAUUCUUUUCUGAAGGAGCUAGGUCUUCAGGAAGAAAAUAAAGGCGUUUACAACGGCACUUGGUUUGGCAAUGGAGAGUCGGUGACGUCAUUAUGUCCGGCCAAUGAGCGGCCAAUAGCGCGCGUGGUGCAGGGCAAUCUGGCCGACUAUGAUGCGGCCGUGACUGCUGCCCAGGAGGCAUGGCAGGUGUGGGCCGACAUCCCGGCCCCCCGACGUGGGGAGAUCGUCCGGCAGAUCGGGGACGCCCUGAGGGCCAAGCUCACGCCCCUCGGCAAACUGGUGGCCCUUGAAGGGUGCAAGAUUCUCCCCGAGGGGAUUGGGGAGGUGCAGGAGUACGUAGACAUCUGCGACUACGCCGUGGGGUUAUCUAGGACCCUCGGGGGUUCUGUGUUCCCCUCGGAGCGCCCCGGCCAUGCACUCAUGGAGCUGUACAACCCCAUGGGGGUCAUUGGGAUCAUCAGCGCCUUUAACUUCCCCAUUGCCGUCUUCGGUUGGAACAGCGCCAUUGCUAUGGUGUGCGGCAACACCUCCGUCUGGAAGGGCGCCCCCAGCACCCCGCUGGUGUCGGUAGCGACCACCCGCGUGGUGGGGGAGGUUCUCACCCGCAACGGCGUCCCGGGGGCGGUGGCGGCGCUGUGUUGUGGGGGCGCUGAUGUGGGCGCCGCCAUCGCCAGGGACAAGAGGAUCCCUCUAGUGUCCUUCACCGGCAGCACCGCCAUCGGCAAACAGGUGGGGGUGACGGUUCAGGAGCGGUUCGGCCGCCACAUCCUGGAGCUGGGCGGUAAUAACGCGAUCCUGGUGGACCGGGACGCGGACGUGGACAUGGUGGUCCGCGCGACGCUCUUCGCCUGCGCCGGCACCGCGGGACAGCGCUGCACCACAACCCGCAGGCUUAUUGUGCACCACAGUACUGUGCAGGAGCUGGGGGGUGAGUGCUGUGCAGACUGUGCAGGAGCUGGGGGGAGCUGGGGGGUGAGGCUGUGCAGACUGUGCAGGAGCUGGGGGGUGAGUGCUGUGCAGACUGUGCAGGAGCUGGGGGGCAAAAUCGAGAUCGGAGGUCGUCGCAUGGACAGACGAGGCUACUACGUGGAGCCCACCAUCGUCACGGGUCUGCCCCAUGACUCCCCCAUCGUCCACAGGGAGACCUUCGCCCCCAUCGUCUACCUCGUCAGUUGUCCGUCCCUAGACGACGCCAUCGUCUGGAACAACGAAGUGGAACAGGGGCUCUCAUCGUCACUCUUCACGCAGAACCUGGGCAACGUCUUCCAGUGGCUGGGCCUAAAAGGCUCAAUUAUAUUCAUCUUGAAAAAUAACCUUAUGUGUUUCAGAGUUACUGCGAUCGAACGUCUCCUAUUUUCUUUCUAAAGAAAAAAAAAACUUUUUUUUUUGCAAUAG